AUUGGUCACUGCAAUGUGACGGCGUUAGGACCCAGCAGCGAGAGGCCUGCCCCUCUCUGCCCUGCUGAUGGUUUGCAGGCAGACGUGCGGAGAGAAACGCGGCUCCGGUGCUGAGGCAGGACUCUAGAGGAGGGACGUCGCUCAGCAGCAUCGCCCGUUCCCGUUGGGUGUUGGUCCAAUCUCAGUGCUCCUGAAAAUCUCCCUCCCUUGUUGAGCCAAUCAGCAAUCAUUUGACGGCAGGACUGCUGAUACACAACAUGUGUGACUCUUCUCUGUCUGCCUCCAUUAAAACACAGCCCUAGAGCACCAUGGGUGGCGUGGCAGUAGACGUAGGUACAGGGGGGGUGAAGGCUCCAGAUGGAGGGUGGGGCUGGGCGGUGCUGGCUGGCUGUUUUGUCAUCACAGGCUUCUCCUACGCUUUCCCUAAAGCUGUCAGUGUCUUUUUCAAAGAGCUGAUCAGGGAGUUUGGGGUGGGAUACAGCGACACUGCCUGGAUCUCCUCCAUACUGCUGGCCAUGCUCUAUGGCACAGGUCCUCUGUGCAGUGUGCUGGUGAACCGCUUCGGCUGUCGUCCAGUGAUGAUGGUGGGCGGCCUCUUUGCCUCUCUGGGAAUGAUCUUGGCCUCCUUCUCCACCAGCAUCAUCCACAUCUACCUCUCUGCUGGGGUCAUUACAGGUUUGGGGUUAGCCCUGAACUUUCAGCCAUCUCUGAUUAUGCUCAACCGCUACUUCAGUGAGAAGCGUCCUCUGGCCAAUGGGCUAUCAGCAGCAGGAAGCCCUGUGGCCCUAUGCUGCCUCUCACCACUGGGCCAGGUCCUCCAGUACCAGUACGGAUGGAGGGGGGGCUUCCUCAUCUUGGGUGGCAUUCUACUCAACUGUUGUGUGUGCGGGGCCCUUAUGAAGCCUUUGGUCGCCCCCAAGACGCUCAAGGCUAAGGAACAGGACAACAAAGAAGGAACAGAGGGGGCAGAGAACAAGAAGAUGCCCCAAGCCAAACUGCUGGACUUCUCUGUGUUCAAAGACUGUGGGUUUCUCAUCUACACUGUGGCAGCGUCCAUCAUGGUGCUGGGGCUGUUUGUGCCUCCUGUGUUUGUUGUGAGCUAUGCUAAGGAGCUGGGGAAUGAGGACACCAAAUCGGCUCUGCUGCUCAGUAUCCUGGGCUUCAUUGACAUUUUUGCACGGCCCACGUGUGGUUUGAUUGCCGGACUGAAAUGGGUGCGGCCUCGUUGUGUCUACCUCUUCAGCUUUGCUAUGCUCUUCAAUGGAAUCACUGACCUGGUUGGAUCACAGGCCAAGGACUAUACAUCGCUGGUGGUCUUCUGCAUCUUCUUUGGCGUCUCCUACGGCAUGGUGGGUGCGCUGCAGUUUGAGGUUCUCAUGGCAAUAGUUGGCACUGAGAGGUUUUCCAGUGCCAUUGGCCUGGUCCUGUUAAUGGAGGCCAUUGCUGUGCUGGUGGGGCCACCCGGUGCAGGCCGCCUUCUUGAUGCCACCAAGAACUACAUGUAUGUCUUCCUGCUGGCAGGAAGCGAGGUGGUCCUCUCCGCUGUGAUUCUGGCUACUUGUAACCUCCUUUUUAUCACAAAGAAGUCCUCAGAGCCAGCAGACAAGCUUGAAAACAUCACAGUGACAGACGACGCCAAGACAGAGGUGUGCAGCCAACCUGCAGAGCUGAAUGAUGAAGAGGAGAAAGGAGCAAGAGAGGAGCAAGAGAAGGAGAUAAAGAAGGAGGUGAUACAGGAGUUAAAGGAGGAGGAGGAAACAGACAAAGAGAAAGUAGAGGAGGUCAGACCAGAGAGUGUAACAGUGGACUCGCGGGAAGUGGAAAGGUUCUUGAAAGAGCCACAACAAAAUGGUGACAUGACCACCAGUCCUGAAACAUGUAUGUGAGCAGGGAUUGGGGGUGCUGGACGAGAUUAUACUUGCAGGCUAUAAUUCCUUUUUUAAAAUAAUCCAAUAGCAGGAUGAAGUGUACUUUGAAGUGUUCUAAUGAGCACCAUAUUGGAUAGUUGUGCUUUCCUCAUCAUUCAGUGUUUAAUCCAGGUGUUCAUGUCUGUUGUCUGCAGGGGGCUGAUGGGUGUCACUGCCAUAUGAAAUAGUAAGUAGUUAUGUCAGCAAUAUUUUAUCACUAGAUAUUUUUAAAUGUGGUGGUAGUAACCUAUACAAUAGAAGAACUCAGUUCCAGUGCUGCCUUGCUGAAGCGCUUUGAGUGGUCGGAAGGCUAGAAAGGCGCUAUACAAGUACAGUCCAUUUACCGUUACCUUGUGUAUACAGUUUAUAUCAAAAGUCAAAAGUUUUAUUUUGAUGUAGCCACCAGCAAAUAAAGGUAAGGGAUAAUUCUGACGAUAUUCUAUAUUCUUAGUGUCAACAACAACAACAAAUGUUAAAAGAGUUUCCCCUUGGGGAUCAAUAAAGUAUUUCUGAACAAAUCCAAUGAAAAGACCAUAACUACAGAUGGAAAUGAGCUUCUAGCUAUAUCUCUGUAGAUAUAGCAGAUAUAGAGUGUAGUAAAUGUAUUGUGCAUUGUCCCUGUUAAAUAAACAAUAAAAUAAAAAAACAACAAUCAAUUUAUCCUACUAAAAGCCUGGUCACAUCAAAAAGUGGCACAGUUAAGCUCAUUCAUGCAUCCUCGUGAAAACCUUGGUGAUGUAGUGACUACUGGCGGGCAAACCACUAACACACUAGCUAGCCAGGAACAUGCUAGCACUAGUCAGUUACAGUAGCUCUCUGAGCUAGUUAGCAGGCUUGCUAAAUGGUAAUGAGCAAACUACGCCUCUGUUGGAACGGUUUAUAUUCCAGCAGAGUAGGGUUGGCAUUAUAUAAAAGUGGACGGUGCAACAUGGUUAAUCAUGAGCUAUGACAGCUUCCUCCGGCUCUCAGUACAGGUCAAAAUGGUUUGCUGUUGGCCAACAGCAGUUCACCAAAAUUGAACUUUGAACUCUGUGCCAUAGAGCUCUGUCCUGCUGCCGGAAAUACUCACUGUAGCACCAAAUGUGUAUUCAUCUUCAGCUGAAAAUAGUCCUCAAUAAAUGCACUAUUUACUCUUGUUUGAGUAAUGUUUUCAAUAAGACUACAGUGCCCGGCUGUUUUAGGAAAUUGCAUAAAAAUUAAACAGCAUAUUUGUGAAUAUUUGUGAAUUUUUAAAGAUUUACAUCUGCAGUAGGAACCAAUGGGCUUGGGGCUGAGAGCCACAGACAAUGUGGGGAAACCAGAAAAUACUGAGAGAUGGACUAACACAUGGUUUGUUUUGGUCUUUUCAUUGGAUUCAUUAAUAAACAAUAUAGAAUCAUGCCAGCCUUAUCCCUUAGAAACAAAAGGCUACUUUCUUAUUACAACGUGUUAUAAAAAGUCAGAACAGCUUAGCAUCAUCAUCAAUAACAUCAUCUAUUAAUGCUUAAAAUGGUUAGUGUUUGCUGUGAAAAAGCUUGAAAGGCUUGUAAUCCCCUCACUACCUGGUGUCAUCCAAAUACAAAGUAUUUUCCCUUAUGGUCUGUGCUGUCACAGUUAAGGCAGGUUAGAUGUUUAAGUGAGAAAUGGUUUCUGUUUUAUCAGUUUUAAAUGGUUGCUAAUGGUUGCCACAUGCACAAAGUGUCAGUGUUGCAGUUGUUUGAAGAUUGUUGCUGGUCUCGUGGUAGCUUUGUGAUUCCUCCUUGGAUUAUAAGUAGGGCCCAAAUAUUCUCCACAUCUUUGUUAUGGUCUUUAUCACCAUUUUCCAUGAGAUAUUUACAGUCUUUUAGAUAUUUCACCGAAGCAUGAAACACAUCAUGUUUUGGUAGGCUGUCCUGAACAGGCUCCCUUUUAACAUACUAUCUUGGUGUCAUUCAGCAUUGUGUAUGUUUAAAACUGCACUAAUCAAUAUUUUUACAUUAACACUGGAUUGAAAGACGAUGUGCAAUGUAAAGGAAGUUGCUUGUAAUGACACAUCCACACAACAUUAUCACCCAACUCUGCAAUUACCCUCCGCUUUAGCGUCUUUCAGCUCAUUGUUUUGGUUUUACGGUCGGCAACUUUACCGUUUUGGUUCACUCUUACAGCUCUCAUCAGCCUUGUUUCCAGCAGCAGCAUGCAGCUGUUUUCAGUGAAAAAGCUCUGAUAAACCAACACUACACUACCUACCCAGCACCAAACAGAAGACAGACAAAGUUAGCGACCAGCUGUUGAACAUAGUGGAGCAUUUAGCAGCUAAAGAGCCAGAUAUUUCUCUCAGGAACUGGUGUAGACCAAAACGGAGCUAAAAGAAUAGUAUUGAAUGUACUGAAUAUUUGAGUAGGCUGCAGUUUAUUUGGCUUUCAUUCCUUGGGUGGCCAAACAGCAUAGAACCUAUAAUUGCUAUACACAAUACUGACUCUGGAGUAUACAAUGUGUUCAGUAGUGGGUUCUAAGCUAACACUUACUAACACUAACACACAAGAAAUAUUCUGAUUUGUUCAAUACAGAGAUAGCUUUAAGUGACAGCUUGAAAAGAAUGGAGCCAACAUCAUGCCCAUAUUUUUUUCCUUACACUGCCCUCACAGAGCCUGCAGUGAAGUUAAAAUAAAAAAGAGAAAACAUCACUUUGUCCCAUAAUUCAACAGACUUCUAACAUCUAAUAGAGAAGCUGGUCAGGAGGACAAUCUACCAAAACAAUGCAGUGUUUUCUUUAACAAUCCGCCUGCAAUAACUGCUAGAUAAAACAUUUAUUUUAUUUUUUUAAUGCUUCUAUAUGACUGGUCAGAAAUGUUAUAUUUUAUAUUUUAUUUUAGAGCUGAAUACCAUGCUGUCUUCUAUCUUUAUUGUGUUCUCUCUUAUGGAAAUGUGACUCAUGUAUGUGUAUCUAUGUGUGAUAAAGCUGCAGUCAAACAGUGUUUGAGGGAUGUGUCUGACAGUGAAAACCUCACAUCCGAGCCUAAUAUACAUACAUAAGCCAUGCAGCUGCUUUAACAAUGCUAUUUUGGAGUUAUAUCUAAUAUGUUUAAUUGUAUUAACUGUGUUUCAGUGUCAACUGUUAAGUCACUUUCUCACUCUUCUAACCGCAAAUUCCUGCUGAAUGUCACUGAUAUCAGUCUGAACAGACUGAACUGGACUUUCAUUUUAGCCUUUCGUUUUUCUGUAUCCAUUGUGUGAAAAAACAAAUACAUUCUGAAAGAAAAAGAAUCUGGGUUAACCCUAUCGUGUAAUUGUCUUAAGUGUAAAAAUGUCAUCAGAAAUCAA